AUGGUCGAUAUACUCCAAACUAUACCAUUCGAACUACUAAAACACAAAACUGAUCCUAGUCAACGUAGUCAAACCAUUAUUGCUAAACUAUUACUAUCUUUUGACCCUAAUCGGGAGUAUUUUGUAGAUGGCAAAAUGACAGACAAAAUAGAAGAGGAGGGAUAUGAACCACCUACUAUCGGCAAUUUUCGCUUAAACAAAAUGCUUCAUAUUUGUCAAAUAUUGCAUUAUGCUAAAUAUGGGGAACCACUUUUUUUUGAAGAGUUACGAGCUUACUAUCAUGGAGCAAUUGUUUAUCCGAUCUACCGAGACUUUUUUAGUUUUUAUCGAAAGCCCUUUAAAGCCGAAGAAAUUUCAAUCGAGGAAGCCAAAAAGAAUUUAAUUAACAAAACUUACUACUACUUUAAAAAUUACUCCGAUGAUUACCUAGAAACUUUUUCGCAUGAUGAUCCCGCCUGA